UUCAGCCGAGCUUACCACCAAGCCCCCAACCGGAGUCUUCCGACCGAACUAUCGGCUGCUGGGCACCGAAACUAACUUUUAACGACCGAGUCAUUCUAGACACAGACUCGGUCGUUGCUGAGAAAGACCACCUGUUGGCCAUCAACCUGGCCAAGAGCGUGUGUCUGCCCAAAGACAUGGAACACCACCAGAAACAGUUAACCACCGAGCUGAAGUCCAUCCGGUCAGCCACUAAAUCAAUGAUUCUGGCCAUCUAGAAAAACCAAAUCACCCACAGGAAAGUACUGGAGCUGAGGAAAGUGACUAGGCAAGCAGCGGCCGAGGCAGAGGCGAAAUCGGCCGAACUAGAAGAAGCUCGCAAGGAACUGGCCGAACUCCGGGGUGAGGUCGGCCGACUGACCGGAAUGGUUAGUUCGGCCGAAGCUGAAAAACAAAAGACUGCCAUAAUUCUGAAGGACAAGUACUUGCGCGAGUUGCUAAAACUUGAACGAAAGAAGGAUGCCGAAAUAAAGGAGAAGGUAAAACAGGCUGACCAGCAGGGCUUCAAGAGAGCAGAGGACGCUUACGCCCAACAAUGUAAUGCUGCCAAGGAUCUUUUCUUUAAGUGCGGCUGGAGGGGAGCCGUUGAGAAGCUCGAUCAAGAUCCUCAGACCGAGGUUUUCAACCCUCCAGCCUACUUCAUACCGAACUCCCUGAUGGAAUAUGCCACGGCCAUGCAACAGCAGUUCCUUGAGGGCUCAGAUGAUGAAGAUUCUGAUGAAGACUCUGCCCAUGGAGAUACUUCGGUUGUGAAUGUGGAUCAGAUAGAUCGGCCCGAGUCCAGAGUGGAAGAUCUGACUAUUGAACAGCCAAGUGGAACUGCGGCUCCGGUCGAUACUACUGUUGUGACUGAAGGAGUCCUGCCGCCAGAGACCGGUCUUCCAGUUGACACUGAUGCGGUUCUCGACGCUGAAAUUGAUGAACUUUUCUCUUGAUUUUUUACUUUUUCUCCUUUGUAACCGAAUUAAGCUCCCUUGUAAUGACUUCUCUUUGAAUGAAAAAUUUUACGUCUCUUA